AUGCCCCACGAGGUGAGAUCUUGCAUGGAGCCCCAGAUCGAGGGUGAUUGACUGUCAUCUUGAACUUCUUCCAUUUUCUAAUAAUUGCGCCAACAGUUGUUGCCUUCUCACCAAGCUGCUUGCCUAUUGUCCUGUAGCCCAUCCCAGCCUUGUGCAGGUCUACAAUUUUAUCCCUGAUGUCCUUACACAGCUCUCUGGUCUUGGCCAUCGUGGAGAGGUUGGAGUCUGUUUGAUUGAGUGUGUGGACAGGUGUCUUUUAUACAGGCAACGAGUUCAAACAGGUGCAGUUAAUACAGGUAAUGAGUGGAGAAUAGGAGGGCUUCUUAAAGAAAAACGAACAGGUCUGUGAGAGCCAGAAUUCUUACUGGUUGGUAGGUGAUCAAAUACUUAUGUCAUGCAAUAAAAUGCAAAUUAAUUACUUAAAAAUCAUACAAUGUGAUUUUCUGGAUUUUUGUUUUAGAUUCCGUCUCUCACAGUUGAAGUGUACCUAUGAUAAAAAAUUACAGACCUCUACAUGCUUUGUAAGUAGGAAAACCUGCAACAUCGGCAGUGUGUCAAAUACUUGUUCUCCCCACUGUAAAUGUGAAGCAUCCGGUUGGCUUUUCCACUCACUACCAAAUAUGGUAACAAGAGGAAGCCCAGUGGCUAACAGUGUGAUAUGAUGGAGCUAGAUGGAUUUUUGCUUCAAUUCUGCACAUUUUCUACAUCUAUGAACAGCAGCAGUGUGUGUGGGUAAAAUCUCUGGGGAAGUCCACAAAGCAUAUUGCAUGUAACAGACAGUUACAUGACCUAGAGCAUGGUCAAGCAAGUUGGGACCACAAAACAAGUAUUGAUUUAGAACCACAGAGAGUUACGACAAGUCGCAAAGAAAACAGGAGCUGCUUCCCCUAUUCCAGCACCAUUUCAACUUCAUCAUUUCAACAUCAUCAAAUCACCUCUGCUUAGUCUAAUACAGCGACAACUAAAAUAUACCAAAAACAAUUUAGUUCAAUCAAGGUAAGCUAAAUAAGAUGUGGCUGUUUAUGGUUCUGAUUUCUGUGUGCGUGCAUGCAUGUUCGUGCAAGUAGAAAACAUGUUGACUCACCCUACUGCAUUUGUAGAGAAACACCAUUGCAAUCCACCUCUCUUUCAUGUUGACGAAACUGUCUAUCACUCUGUCAUACAGUACAUGCUUUCUAUUUUUUGUUGUCCUAGGCUACCUGGCUAAAAUGCUUGCUUGCUAGCCUGACUUCCAUUCAUGGGCAACGUUAGCUAGUUAACAUUAGCCUUCUACAUCUAGCUACAUAUUGAACUUGCAUCCUCUCAGGCCAGAGGCACAACAAUGUAUGAAUUAAUGGUUGGAUUGGAGAUGCUUAUAAUCAUUGGCCAGCACGGAGAAUUAAGUAACACCACAAGUCCAAAUCCCUAUCUCCAUCAAUGGCUAAUUUAGGAAAGGGUCCAUUUUAGCUAGCUAGCUAGCUAGCCUCCGGAGUACAACAACAAAACCAGAUUCAACUAUUCAAAUUUUUCUGAAAAUGAUGUAUGCUCUCAACGGGAUUUGAUAGGAGUGACGCCAAAAUCCAAGCUGUCUUCCCAUUACAUGUUUUUGUUAGUGUGCCAGGACCAUUCACAGUUGAGCUCGCUCAGUUUAGCUCAACACUGAUUGACACAUUUUUUCUACUUUUCUAGGGAGGCCAAAUGCUCGCUGGCUUCCCUUGCCUUCAAUGCGACGGGUGGCAACGAUUUUAUACUCGUUUAGACCAGACAGCAUCAGAUAGAUGGCCUACAGUUAGAGAGACAGAGGGGCACUGUUUCGCUCGCUCGGAUGCUUUCUCCUGUGAGAUACAUUCAGCCUCUUGAGAAUUGAAGGAAAAUUAUGAAACACAGAGAGAAAAUAUAAAUUAUUAUAUAUUUUUUUUAUUGGUACAUUUUUUUCGGAAGCCUGGUUUCUCUUGGCAUCCAUGAAUACAUGCCACUGUUGAUAAAAUAUUUGCUCCCCAUACAUUUUUCUGUUUAAUAAGAAACUAUAAUCUUUAACAAACAUAGUGGAUUGCAUUUGUAGACUUUACCCUUUGCCAAAGUUUCUAAAAAAUGGUGUUGUUUAGAAGGAGUGCAAGGCCGAAUGGAGUUAUUACACGUGCGCACUUCACAGAGCAGGCAUUCCCUACGGGAAAAAUGCAAAUAAAUGCCAGAACACGCCGAUAAGAUCUCACUAGCUCAUACUUGGCUCUGCCCAGCUCCUUGCUUGUUCUGCCCCAAUGAUUAAUUUGCUCCCAUUGGAAACAACAGGCUCUGGUCUAUCUUGGGUUAGUUAUAAAAAUCACCUGUUCUGGGUGCUUACAGUAUAUGUCUUACAAACAUGAUGGAAAAUGAUUGAUAAAUUGGCAGAUGAUAGAAUUCACUGUUGGAUGGAUAUUGCCGUUGAAUAAACAUUAUUUCACUUAACACUUUGUUCAAUAACAGUAAUAAAAGUAUUACGUCAGUUCAUCUCCCGCCCACUGGUGUCUUUGUGAUGGGGACAUGGUGCAGUACAAAAGAGGUUGUGAGUGUCUAUUUGCUUUUAAUGUUCAAAUGUCCUUUCCUUAUAAGGGCAGAUGACGCAGCAGUGACGCUACCUUUCAGCAGUCUGAGGCACAAAUAAGUAUUUACACACUCUUCCACCGAUAAGGGGUUCUCACAUUGGACCCUAAACAGGAAAUGUAGAAAAACAGUCUCCAUUUCUAAACGCUUACUGGACUGGCAUGACCAUACCACUGUAUUUUAUUUGAAUUGACCAUUACAGUUUUUUACACUGAUAUACACUGUAAGUUAGGCCCUCCUGAGGGCAAAUAAUGAACUAUAGUAUAUACAAAGCAUUUUAAUCUACUUUUCACUAGAUGUUUCAUUCAAUUCAUGUCUUCUAUAUCUGUACCAGUCAUUGAAUGGGAUGAACCAGUCAUUGUCUCAGUGUCAAUGUAUCAGUCAAUUAAUGUGUAUCUGAGUUGAAAAGAAAAUCACCCUUGAUGUAAUACAGAUUUGUCCUAUCACAAGUGAAAGAAGUAGUUGUGACUUUGGAAUGGCAUUGACCUUCUUGAUAGCUUUACAGUUAAUCAGGGAACGUAGAAACGUGUGUAUUCUGAUAAGACAGGUACAAGGCCUACGCACAAGGCCAUUGGCACUGAUAUGAAGGAGCCACCAAAGUGGGUAGGGGACACUUUGCCACUCACCUUAAUAGGGGUGACAUUGGCUACUCUUAAAAUAACACUGCCAUUUUGGGGCGGGUAGAGGAGGUGAAGGUGGUGCAGUACUAUAUAAAGCUGAGCCAACAGUCUGGUCCUUCUCUGGAGGUUGGGGAUUUUACUGUGAGGAACGUCCCUAGAGUUGCUAUAAAGACGCUUCCAAGAUUUCGGGGGAAAAGAGGACUGAGCGUUGGACUUCAAUAGAUUUGGGCAGGCCCUCCACCAUGAGUAAAGGGGUAGGUGACCCAUUUAUGUGAUUAAUCAAAGCUCUGAUCAAAUUGCCAUGAAUUAAAUUAGAUUUUCCUUCAAUGAUCAAGGAUAUUGUAUAUUCACCCCUAGCAAGAUGAUACAGGAUGUCAUCUCUUUGUCUCCAGGACUCUUACGACAUGUUUGAGAUGAAUGGAGAAGUGGAUGUCAAGAUGAAGAAAAAGAAGAAGAUAAAGAAAAAGGAUAGGCUAGAGGGCAUGAAGAAGGAGAUGGACAUUGAUGACCACGAGAUCACAAUAGAAGAGCUAGAGAUGAGGUAUACCACCAGUGUUACCAAGGGCCUGACCUCCAGCAAAGCCGCAGAGGUUCUGGAGCGGGAUGGCCCCAACGAACUGCUCCCCCCCAAAGGGACCCCAGAGUACGUCAAGUUUGCCCGCCAGCUGGCCGGAGGGCUGCAGUGUCUGAUGUGGGUGGCAGCCGUCAUCUGCUUCAUUGCUUUCGGCAUCGAGUUCUCCAGGGGAACCCUCGGCUGCUUUGACGAUCUGUACCUCGCCAUCACUCUGAUCACUGUUGUUGUGGUGACUGGCUGUUUCGGUUACUACCAAGAGUUUAAGAGCACCAACAUCAUCGCCAGCUUCAAAAAUCUAGUUCCACAGCAAGCCCUGGUGAUCCGUGAUGGGCAGAAGAACCAGAUCAAUGCCAUGGACCUGGUGGUGGGAGACCUGGUGGAGAUUAAGGGUGGUGACCGCGUGCCUGCUGACAUCCGCAUCAUCUUUGCCCAGGGUUGUAAGGUGGAUAACUCAUCCCUGACAGGAGAGUCAGAGCCCCAGAGCAAAACCCCGGAGUGUACCCACGAGAACCCCCUAGAGACCAAGAACAUCGCCUUCUUCUCCACCACCUGCCUGGAAGGAGUGGCCACAGGAACGGUCAUCAACACGGGUGACCGCACCAUAAUUGGCCGCAUUGCCAGCUUGGCGUCAGGCGUAGGCAAUGAGAAGACGCCAAUUGCCAUAGAGAUUGAGCACUUUGUUGACAUCAUUGCUGGGCUGGCCAUCUUCUUUGGCUUCACCUUCUUCGUGGUGGCCAUGUUUAUCGGCUAUGCCUUCCUGGAGGCUAUGAUCUUCUUCAUGGCCAUCGUGGUGGCCUAUGUACCUGAGGGGCUGCUGGCUACUGUCACUGUGUGUCUGUCACUGACGGCCAAGCGUUUGGCCAGGAAGAACUGUGUGGUGAAGAACCUGGAGGCUGUGGAGACCCUGGGCUCCACCUCGGUCAUCUGCUCUGACAAGACGGGCACUCUGACCCAGAACAGGAUGACCGUGGCCCACCUGUGGUUCGACAAUGUGAUCCAUGCCGCAGACACCACAGAGGACCAAUCAGGUCAGAGCUUUGACCAAUCAUCCGAGACAUGGCGAUCGUUGGCGAGAGUGGCAGGACUCUGUAACCGGGCCAUCUUCAAACCCAACCAGGAGUCUCUGCCUAUUCCUAGGAGAAUAGUGGUGGGCGACGCCUCAGAGACGGCUCUGCUGAAGUUCACUGAGCUGGCCAUAGGGAACAUGAUGGAAUACAGGGAACGCUUCAAAAAGGUUGUUGAAGUACCAUUCAACUCCACCAACAAGUUCCAGCUGUCAGUGCAUGAGUUGGAGGACCCCAUGGACCUGCGCUACCUGCUGGUGAUGAAGGGGGCGCCAGAGAGGAUCUUGGAGCGCUGCUCCACCAUCCUGAUCAAGGGCCAGGAGAUGCCUCUGGAGGAACAGUGGAAAGAGGCCUUCCAGACCUCAUACAUGGACUUGGGGAGCCUGGGGGAGAGAGUGCUGGGUUUCUGUUACAUCUAUCUAAAUGAGAAUGAGUUCCCUCGUGGUUACAAGUUUGACUCUGAUGAGAUGAACUUCACCACGUCUGGUUUGUGUUUUGCUGGACUCAUCUCCAUGAUCGACCCGCCCCGCGCCACUGUGCCUGACGCUGUCAUGAAGUGCCGCACGGCUGGAAUAAGGGUAGUCAUGGUGACAGGUGACCACCCGAUCACGGCCAGAGCCAUCGCUGCCAACGUUGGCAUCAUCACAGAGGGCAGUGAGACAGUAGAGGACAUCGCUACCAGGAAACGCAUCCCAGUGGAGCAGGUCAACAGGAGGGAUGCCCGUGCCUGUGUGAUCAGUGGUGGUCAGCUGAAGGACAUGAGCAGUGAAGAGCUGGACGAAGCGUUGAGGAGUCACCCUGAAAUGGUGUUCGCCCGCACCUCCCCCCAGCAGAAACUCAUCAUCGUGGAGAGCUGUCAGCGCCUGGGCUCCAUUGUGGCUGUGACAGGCGAUGGGGUGAACGACUCCCCUGCAUUGAAAAAGGCAGACAUCGGUAUUGCCAUGGGCAUAGCUGGCUCUGAUGCAGCUAAGAAUGCAGCUGACAUGAUUCUGCUGGAUGACAACUUUGCCUCCAUCGUCACAGGGGUGGAGCAGGGCCGUCUGAUCUUUGACAACCUGAAGAAAUCCAUUGCGUACACACUGACCAAGAACAUUCCGGAGCUCACACCCUACCUCAUCUAUAUCACUGUCAGUGUUCCUCUGCCAUUGGGCUGCAUCACCAUCCUCAUGAUCGAGCUGGCCACUGACAUUUUUCCCUCUGUGUCUCUGGCCUAUGAGAAGGCAGAGAGUGAUAUUAUGCAUCUGAAACCCAGGAACCCGCGUAAGGAUAGGUUGGUGAACGAAUCUCUGGCUGCCUACUCCUACUUCCAGAUUGGAGCGAUCCAGUCUUUCGCUGGUUUCACAGACUACUUUACAGCGAUGGCCCAGGAAGGCUGGUAUCCCCUGCUGUGUGUGGGGCUCAGGUCCCACUGGGAGAACGUCCAUCUGCAGGACCUGCAGGACAGCUAUGGCCAGGAGUGGACAUACGCCCAGCGUCUGUAUCAGCAGUACACCUGCUACACUGUCUUCUUCAUCAGUAUCGAGAUCUGCCAGAUCGCUGACGUGUUGAUCAGGAAAACCCGCCGUCUGUCCAUCUUCCAGCAGGGCUUCUUUAGGAACAAGGUGCUAGUGAGUGCAAUCGUCUUCCAGCUGUUACUGGGUAACCUGCUGUGCUACUGCCCAGGGAUGCCCAACAUUUUCAACUUCAUGCCCAUUAGGGGCCAAUGGUGGUUCGUUCCAAUCCCGUACGGAAUUCUAAUCUUUGUCUAUGACGAGAUAAGGAAGCUGGGGGUCAGAAGACAUCCAGGAAGUUGGUGGGACCAGGAGCUGUAUUAUUGAGAGAAGAGGGCAGAUAUCUAGACCAAAGCCAUAGGUAGAAAGAUGCAGGUUAGCGUUUUCCGUCAUGAAUCUUGUUCUGGAGGCAGCUCUGCUCUGCAGUGGUCACUAGUUGGCCCAGCCACAAAGUCAUAAAAUCAGAUUUUAAUCCUAACCCUAACCUUAACCACACUGCUAACCCUAGCUAAUGGCUAACCCUAAACUUAAAUUCAUUUUUGUUUUCAUGAAUUUUUACAAUAAGUCCAAUUUGACUUUGCAGCAGGUCUAUGAGGAAAUCUCUCAGUUCUGCCUCUAGGACAAGAUUCAUGACAAUAAACGUCAACCUGUUGACGUUUAUUGUUAUACAAACUGAGUCUGGCUAGCAAACUGUCCUCCAUCUUGGCCCCAAACAUUCCAUUACAAACAUUGGUGCCAUGGUGUCUAUUACAAUUUAAAUAUCAAACAAGGUUUGCCAAACUCUAUACAAGUGUAGCUCUGAAUAUCCUAAACCAUUUCUGAUAUGGAACCAAAUAUUAUACAUUGAAAUAAUAACCAUAAAUUCUUAUCUGAUAUGUUUUUAAAGACACACCUCCAUGUUCUAAUACAAAAAAAAUAAGAAUGCUUGAUGUGAGUUUGUCAUAUCAAUUAUAAUUUAGAAUCCUUUCCUUUUGUAAAUCCAGUAUGUAUAUGUCUGUGUGUGAUUGCCUUUUGCUUCUGAAUUCCAUUGCCUUUUUAUGUAUAACAUCACACAUAUUUGCCGUCAAGGGUUCUUUCUUGGUGAUAAUGUUGGAGGUACAGUAGCCUAUAUGCUUUGUAUUUCUGUAUUUGUAUGAAUAAAGUGUGUCAAAUAUAA